AUGGCAUCGAGCAAAGGAAAGGGUGUACUGAACCAAGAUGACAACGAUGAAACUAUCGUACUACUAGAUCAGGCUGAUGACAAUCUCAUCAAAGAUAAUAGCUUGUCUCUUAUAGGCAAGAUCUUAAACCCAAAAAAGCAGAAUGUGGAACACCUUAUUGUUGCAAUGCCGAAACAGUGGGGAAUGUCAGAUAAGAUUUCCGCUUGUGAUCUAGGCAAUGCCGGUGAUCGACGAGAAUUAUCCAUCAAUGAUCCGGUUUUGAUCCAAUUACAAGGAAUCCCUCUACACCUCUGCGUGAAACAGAAUCUUGAAGCUAUUGGUAAUAGACUGGGGAAGUUGGAGUCUAUAGAUACUGUAGAUGGGAGGAUUAAGGUCGCAAUGGACUCGACUAACCCCUUGAAGUUUACAAGGAAGUUACAGACAAGGAAAAUGGAGGAUAUUACGAUCAAACUUUUCUAUGAAAAGCUUUUCAAACACUGCUCAGCAUGUGGCCUUUUGAUACAUGAAAAUCACGACUGCUUACCAAAACAACACGUUCUGAAUCAGAUGGUUCCCCGUGAUAAUGUGUUUGAUAGAGUUUGUCAUGUCCCCGUUCUUGGAACUUGA